CUAUAUUUGUCGUUAAUUCAAGCCCUGCCUUGAAACGUGCACGCAACUCGCACUCUUGUGACCAAUUAUGCUCCCUCAGAUGUGUAUAACUGUAUACUAAUCGGCGAACUUUACUAAAGGAAAAACACACAAAUAACCAUUCAUGGAUAAGACCACCUCCCCCGCCGCGCGGCCGGUUUUUCCGGCGGAGCUGGAAUACCAAUCCGGCUUCGACAACCACUUCUCUUCCGAGGCGAUCGCCGGAGCACUCCCCCGAGGCCAGAACAGUCCCCUCGUCUGUCCCUUUGGCCUCUACGCCGAGCAGAUCUCUGGCACCUCCUUCACCUCUCCCCGUAAACUCAACCACCGCAGCUGGUUGUACCGAAUCAAGCCGUCCGUGACGCACGAGCCGUUCAGGCCUAGAAUCCCGGUUCACGAGAAGCUGGUGAGCGAGUUCAACCAGUCGAAUAGCUCGGCCACGCCGACCCAGCUGCGGUGGAAGCCGCCGCCGGUUCCAGAGUCGCCGACCGACUUCGUCGACGGGUUGUACACUGUGUGUGGUGCUGGCAGCUCCUAUCUCCGGCAUGGUUUCGCGAUUCACAUGUAUACUGCGAACAAGUCGAUGGGUGAUUGUGCAUUUUGUAGCGCGGAUGGAGACUUUUUGGUUGUUCCUCAAGAAGGAAGGCUGUGGAUCACUACCGAAUGUGGAAGAUUGCAAGUAUCUCCUGGUGAAAUUGCGGUCUUACCUCAGGGGUUUCGGUUUGCCGUUGAUCUGCCAGACGGGCCAUCAAGGGGAUAUGUUGCUGAGAUAUUUGGAUCUCAUUUUCAACUUCCUGACCUUGGACCCAUAGGUUUAUCAAUUCCUUCUGAAACUUUUAUCUUAUUUUGGUUUCUCUUGUUCAGCAAUGUCACCUUUAAGUUCCUGAUGGAUGAAUUUUUAUUUGUGAAACUGAUUGGAGCUAAUGGUCUUGCUGCUUCAAGGGAUUUUCUGGUUCCUGUUGCCUGGUUUGAGCGUACAUCCCGUCCUAAUUAUACAAUCAUUCAGAAGUUUGGUGGUGAGCUUUUUACUGCCAAACAAGAUUUCUCCCCAUUCAAUGUGGUAGCAUGGCAUGGAAAUUAUGCCCCUUACAAGGUGAUUCUGACUGCACCCACUGAGCGACCCGGUGUAGCAUUGCUCGAUUUUGUCAUUUUUCCACCAAGAUGGUUGGUUGCUGAACAUACAUUUCGUCCCCCAUACUAUCAUCGUAAUUGUAUGAGCGAAUUUAUGGGCCUAAUUUACGGAGGUUAUGAGGCAAAAGCUGAUGGAUUUCUACCCGGAGGCGCAAGCCUCCACUCGUGCAUGACUCCACAUGGACCCGAUACCAAAACAUUCGAGGCUACUAUAGCACUCGGAAAUGACGUGGGCCCACAAAGAAUUUCUAACACAAUGGCCUUCAUGUUCGAGUCAUGCCUAAUUCCUAGGGUCUGCCCAUGGGCACUCGAGUCUCCCGAUAUGGACCACAAUUACUAUCAAUGCUGGAUCGGUUUAAAAUCCCAUUUUACGUGUGAGUCGAAAAGCGAUGGUGGCCAAGAUGUGGAGAAUGGAGACGAUGGGAAGAAAAUGAAUGAAAAAAGCUACUCCGCAGUGUAAGUGCAUAUACAUCUUUUCUUGUACUUCAUAAUAAAAUGUUAAUGUGUUGUGUAUUUUGAGUGAUGAAAAGUUUGUGAAUAAUAUAACCUGGAAAUAAUUCUGUAAGAGUAUCUGGCCCAUGAAUUACUCUAUUUCAUUGCCACGUGACGUGGCCUUUCUAGGUUCAGAAGUAUUUCUCAACAAUUGGUAUUAUAUAUUAUAUUAUUUUUCAAUUUCUCUCUUUUUUUCAACCAAUUACAAUCUUACAUAUGUAAAACUAUAUUACAGUUAACACCAACAAUUGGAA